AUGCACCCAAACUCCUUCCACCCCUACACGCAAGCCCGGCGCCCGGCGCGUCCCAGCUCGAACCUCGAGAACAUCGUCGACGCGGCUAAUGACAAUCAAGGCACUCGGAGCAACGAAGGCAACCAGGCGCGUCGUUUCGUGGAUUUCGUGAAUUUCGCGGCGGGGCGGUACGAGCGGGGUCUGCCCCCUCUGCCCCCCGAUAAUGCGAAUAACGCGUCGGUCUCCAUACUCAAUGCUAUUCAACACCAUCAAAUGAAUGCGAACGCGGGAAACGCGUACCCUAGUGUAUCACCCGCUUUCGACAAUGUGGACGUGGACGCGAACGGCGCUCUUUAUUUUUCUCAAACUCAGCCUCAGGCUCGCCUUCAACCAGCCACAGCCUCAGCUGCUCCCUCUGCAGGAUUUCGCGGGCGUCGUAUCUCGCCAUUCGGCAACGGCAACGGCGACUUCCUCGAUCAAGGGGCUGUACCACCCGCACACCGCGCGUCGCACCUCCAGCCCCAGUCUUCUCGUCACCCGCAGGCGCAGAUGACGCAGACGCAGGCGUUCUCCGGAUAUGGAGCUGGGAUCGCAGGCGACGCGUCUCAACAGCCGCCAUGGGACGCACCCUUCGACUACGCCUCUUUCUCUUCCAACCUCUACCCACCAACGCAACCUGCGCAAGAGUUUCCUACCACUCGACCCACGCCUGCGAGCCGUGGGCAGUCCGACUAUACCCAGGGCACUCCCGCUUUACAAGACCGCUUACAACUACAACACGCUCAACAAAAUGCUUCUGCACUCCAGCCGACUCAGCCGUCCGGCACGGCACAACGCGCCUCUACCGUCGUGGCCAGCGGAGGUCAGAGCCGGCUUCAGAGCGCGAUGGGCAGCCCCCACCUCGGCGUCUACGCGCCCGCGCCCGCUAUGGCGGAUUUCGGAUUGCAGGCAUCCUUCCAGGUGCCUCGAUUCCCUCCUCCAGGACUCCCCAUACCAGUUGCGCCUUCAGCAUCCACAAGUACUGGUGGUGUUGAUGCUGGUGUUGGUGUCAGUGUCGGCGGUAUGCCCGUGGCCGCGUACGAUGGUGGGCAUCGGAGGGCGCCGUAUCAGAGUGCGAAGGCGAACGCGGCGAAGGGCAAAGGUGCGCCGAAGAAGGCGCGCAGUUCGUUGCAAGACGAGAACAGGGAUCCCCUCACCAAGGCGGUCCCACACGGGUACGUCGCGUGCCCCUGGGCUACGUGCGACGUGGUGUUGAAGAAGGCGAGCCUCACGCGCCACCUCAGGUCGAAGCGCCACGGCGGCGCGGGGACGGUGUGCCCCCUCUGCAGCCAGCGGUUGUCGAGGGGCGACUCCGUGAAGAGGCAUAUCGAACAUUCGUGUCCCAACAGGCCCACUGACCAUGACAACACCGAGCAAUACGAUGACCACGACAACGACGUCGACGACGGUCAGAAUGCCGAAGAUGAUCAGAACGACGAGGAAAACGACGAGGAUAAUAGAGAGGAGCCGUGCUUCCCGACCCUGAAUAGCGAUACCCGACCUCCCCUCGUCACAACACAACCACAGGCAUCUCAAUUUCGCGAAAGGGCGUCGACAUCGGCGUUCGAUGGGCACGCUUACGCCGUUCCUCGUCCUGUGUUCGUGCACCCCGCCCAAGGCCUCGCUCCUCCUCCUCCUCCUCCCCCUCCUCUUCCAUACUUCAGAAACUCGAGCCGCGCUCCGACAUCCAGCAUGAGCAACCCCACCCAACAGCCUUCCGCCCAGUACUCCUCGAACGCGUUCCGUACAUUCCCUCCUCCCCUCCCCGCGUCUUCGUCGACCUUACCCACCGGCCACGACGUCUACCUCUCUCACGCUGCGUUUGCGGUCCACCCACAACGCAUCCCGUCAUCGCAUGGAAGCGAUGGAGGCGGUGGAGGCGGUGCAUCCACACAAGUCGAUGCCAGUCAAGAGCCUCCUCUCACCUACCCCGCCGAAUUUGGCCGCGAGCGCGGGCUGCCUGCCAUCCGUGCUGCGCUGGCGCAGCGUUCAGCGGUCGGACCUCGUCCCCUCGCCGUCCCAACACCUCUCAAUCCCGGCCAACGUCCUCUUCCUCUUUUCUCUGCUUCACGACCCAGCGCCGCCCCUUCACCUCUCCCCCCUCUCCCCCGUAACAUGACCAGCGAUAACCUAAACAAUGAUCUUCUCACUCAGUACGCACGAUUCAAUGGCGCUCGUUACCCACACUACGAAGGCAGCUCAGCUGGAAGCUCCAAUCCCUCACUCCCCGCCUCUUACCCCGAUCUCUACCCCGAUCUCUACGCCAACCUGUACCCCGACGACCCAAGAAACAUCCCCACACCUCCGCUUUCCGCUGCGCCCCCCUCCGCCGCUCCGUCUCCGUCCCCGUCUCCUGUCCUCGAGCUCGGAUCUCUAUUCGAAGAGCAGGAGCAAGAGCAAGAGGAAGAGCAGGAGAAAGAGCAAAAGGAAGAGGAAGAGCAGGAGGAAAAGGAAGAGUCGGAGAAGAAUACGGAUGACGAAGACGUGCUUGAAUACUACGACCUUCCCCCCGAACAGGCCGAGCUCGACGGCGGCCUCGAAGGCGAACUCGAACUCGAAGGUGACGGUGAAGAUGAAGGCGAAGGGCUAUCUCCUAUCGCGGGGACUCGUGCAUUGGUGCCUCUCGUUGAAAGCUGCGAAGAAGGACGUGAGCUAUUUUCCGAUGACGACAACGACGACGAUGAGUGGGAGGAGGCGUCCAUAUUUGCCGAAGAGAAUCCCGCCUCCUCCUCCUCCUCCUCCUCCUCCUCCUCCUCCUCCUCCUCCUCCUCCUCCUCCUCCUCCUCCUCCUCCUCCUCCUCCUCCUCUUCUCAUCCCGCCGUCGAACUCCCAGGCGACGACGCAGCGGAUCCGCAUUCCGCCCCCGAAUCCACCUCCGCCGCCUCCACCACUAGCACCUCCUCUGAUUUCGGGUCCACCGAUCUCGUUACUCCUGACGCCACUCCCGACGCCUCCUCCUCCUCCUCCUCCUCCUCCUCCUCCUCCUCCUCCUCCAUCACCUCCUCCACUAGCACCACCACCAGCGCACUCGAUCGCGAGCUCGAUCUCGAGCUCUUCGGCUUCGACUUCACCGGAGGAUACGCGUUCGGUGGUGACUACGGCCUCGAAGCCCUGUUCGGUAGCGCGCCGUCGGUGCUGGAGGAACAUGAAUACUGA